AUGGAGGAUGAGCCCCGUCCAGAUAAAUCUACAUUAAGAACAUCAGAAACAAAAGAUGGAACUACAGAAAAGGAGAGGGAAAUAUGUGUGGAUAAUAAUGCUGGCUCUGUUGAGGGGGUUGACUCUGCUCACAUGCCGUCAUCAUUUAGUUCAGAUUUUCAGGAAUCCACUGCAGAAGGUAUCAGUGACAUAUUGGAAGAACAAACCCUCACAGAAUUUUGUGCAGAGACUCUGGAAAAUGCUGGAGAUGUUGAAGAAGUGCCAGCAGGGGAAGAAACAGAACCACACUUAGAAAUUCAAACACAGAACAUAACGUUUGACUCAACAACCAAUGAAGGAGAAAGAACAGAAGAGAACAUCCAUGAUGUUAGUGUUCUUGUCAAACCAAUUGAAGUCAUUGGAGAUAUUAUUACAGUGAAGAGCAAUGUGACUACUGACUCAGAUUUUCUUCAAAAUGAUACUCCAAUUGAUAGAAACCAGGAAGCACUGAAAGUAUCUGAAAAUGAAAAUGUUGAGAAUGUUUCUACUGUGACUGAUUCUGGUCUUCUCUUGAGAGAUGUUGACACUGUAGGUUCAAGAGAAGCAGACAUAGUUCCUGAAAAAACUGAAAUCAGCAUCAAUCCUGAAGAUUCUCACAGACAGGAGCUACACUCAAAACUGAAUCCAGUUGCUCACAAGCGAAAAGUGGGGUCAACUCGUAGACCUCUUGGAGGGAAAAAAGGCCAAGGAAAAGGAAAAGAACUUCAUGAGGGCAAUGUGACACUUUACAGUGAAAGAAAUAAAGAGGUAGAAACCUUCGAUAUGGAGGAUGAGCCCCGUCCAGAUAAAUCUACAUUAAGAACAUCAGAAACAAAAGAUGGAACUACAGAAAAGGAGAGGGAAAUAUGUGUGGAUAAUAAUGCUGGCUCUGUUGAGGGGGUUGACUCUGCUCACAUGCCGUCAUCAUUUAGUUCUGAUUUUCAGGAAUCCACUGCAGAAGGUAUCAGUGACAUGUUGGAUGAACAAACCUUCACAGAAUUUUGUGCAGAGACCAUGGAAAAUGCUGGAGAUGUUGAAGAAGUGCCAGUAGGGGAAGACACAGAACCACACUUAGAAAUUCAAUCACAGAACAUAACUGGUGAAUCAUCAACCAAUGAAAGAGAAAGAACAGAAGAGAACAUUCAUGAUGUUAGUGUUCUUGUCAAACCAAUUGAAGUUAUUGGAGAUACAAUUACAGUGAAGAGCAAUGUGACUACUCAAUCAGAUUUUCUUCAAAAUGAUACCCCUACUGAUAUAAACCAAGAAGCAUUGAAAGUAUCUGAAAAUGUUGAGAAUGUUUCCACCGUGACUGAUUCUGGUCUUUCCUUGAGAGAUGUUGACACUGUAGGUUCAAGAGAAGCAGACACAGUUCCUGAGAAAACUGAAAUCAACAUCAAUCCUGAAGAUUCUCACAGACUGGAGCUACACUCAAUAUUGAAUCCAGUUGCUCACAAGCGAAAAAUGGGGUCAACUCGUAGACCUCUUGGAGGGAACAAAGGCCAAAGAAAAGGAAAAGAACAUCAUGAUGACAAUGAGACACUUAACAGUGAAAGUAUAAGAAAUAGAGAGGUAGAAAUCUUCGAUAUGGAGUAUGGGCAUGGUCCAGAUAAAUCUACAUUAAGAACAUCAGAGACAAAUGAUGGAACUACCAAAAAAGAGAGGGAAAAAUGUGUGGAGAAUAAAGCUGGCCCUGUUGAGGGGAUUGACUCUGCUCACAUGUCGUCAUCAUGUAGUUCAGAUUUUCAGGCAUCCACUGCAGUAGGUAUCAGUGACAUAUUGGAUGAACAAACCCUCACAGAAUUUUGUGCAGAGACUCUGGAAAAUGCUGGAGAUGUUGAAGAAGUGCCAGUAGUAGAAGGCACAGAACCACAAAUAGAAACUCAAACACAGAACAUAACUUUUGACUCAACAACCAAUGAAGAAGAAAGAACAGAAGAGAACAUCCAUGAUGUUAGUGUUCUUGUCAAACCAAUUGAAGUCAUUGGAGAUAUUAUUACAGUGAAGAGCAAUGUGACUACUGACUCAGAUUUUCUUCAAAAUGAUACUCCCUUUGAUAGAAACCAGGAAGCACUGAAAGUAUCUGAAAAUGAAAAUGUUGAGAAUGUUUUUACUGUGACUGAUUCUGGUCUUCUCUUGAGAGAUGUUGACACUGUAGGUUCAAGAGAAGCAGACAUAGUUCCUGAAAAAUAUGAAAUCAACAUCAAUCCUGAAGAUUCUCACAGACUGGAGCUACACUCAGUAUUGAAUCCAGUUGCUCAAAAGCGAAAAAUGGGGUCAACUCGUAGACCUCUUGGAGGGAACAAAGGCCAAGGAAAAGGAAAAGAACUUCAUGAGGGCAAUGUGACACUUUUCAGUGAAAGAAAUAAAGAGGUAGAAACCUUUGAUAUGGAGGAUGAGCCCCGUCCAGAUAAAUCUACUUUAAGAACAUCAGAAACAAAAGAUGGAACUACAGAAAAGGAGAGGGAAAUAUGUGUGGAUAAUAAUGCUGGCUCUGUUGAGGGGGUUGACUCUGCUCAUAUGCCGUCAUCAUUUAGUUCAGAUUUUCAGGAAUCCACUGCAGAAGGUAUCAGUGACAUAUUGGAAGAACAAACCCUCACAGGAUUUUGUGCAGAGACUCUGGAAAAUUCUGUAGAUGUUGAAGAAGUGCCAGCAGGGGAAGAAACAGAACCACACUUAGAAAUUCAAACACAGAACAUAACGUUUGACUCAACAACCAAUGAAGGAGAAAGAACAGGAGAGAACAUCCAUGAUGUUAGUGUUCUUGUCAAACCAAUUGAAGUCAUUGGAGAUAUUAUUACAGUGAAGAGCAAUGUGACUACUGACUCAGAUUUUCUUCAAAAUGAUACUCCAAUUGAUAGAAACCAGGAAGCACUGAAAGUAUCUGAAAAUGAAAAUGUUGAGAAUGUUUCUACUGUGACUGAUUCUGGUCUUCUCUUGAGAGAUGUUGACACUGUAGGUUCAAGAGAAGCAGACAUAGUUCCUGAAAAAACUGAAAUCAGCAUCAAUCCUGAAGAUUCUCACAGACAGGAGCUACACUCAAAACUGAAUCCAGUUGCUCACAAGCGAAAAGUGGGGUCAACUCGUAGACCUCUUGGAGGGAAAAAAGGCCAAGGAAAAGGAAAAGAACUUCAUGAGGGCAAUGUGACACUUUACAGUGAAAGAAAUAAAGAGGUAGAAACCUUCGAUAUGGAGGAUGAGCCCCGUCCAGAUAAAUCUACAUUAAGAACAUCAGAAACAAAAGAUGGAACUACAGAAAAGGAGAGGGAAAUAUGUGUGGAUAAUAAUGCUGGCUCUGUUGAGGGGGUUGACUCUGCUCACAUGCCGUCAUCAUUUAGUUCUGAUUUUCAGGAAUCCACUGCAGAAGGUAUCAGUGACAUGUUGGAUGAACAAACCUUCACAGAAUUUUGUGCAGAGACCAUGGAAAAUGCUGGAGAUGUUGAAGAAGUGCCAGUAGGGGAAGACACAGAACCACACUUAGAAAUUCAAUCACAGAACAUAACUGGUGAAUCAUCAACCAAUGAAAGAGAAAGAACAGAAGAGAACAUUCAUGAUGUUAGUGUUCUUGUCAAACCAAUUGAAGUUAUUGGAGAUACAAUUACAGUGAAGAGCAAUGUGACUACUCAAUCAGAUUUUCUUCAAAAUGAUACCCCUACUGAUAUAAACCAAGAAGCAUUGAAAGUAUCUGAAAAUGUUGAGAAUGUUUCCACCGUGACUGAUUCUGGUCUUUCCUUGAGAGAUGUUGACACUGUAGGUUCAAGAGAAGCAGACACAGUUCCUGAGAAAACUGAAAUCAACAUCAAUCCUGAAGAUUCUCACAGACUGGAGCUACACUCAAUAUUGAAUCCAGUUGCUCACAAGCGAAAAAUGGGGUCAACUCGUAGACCUCUUGGAGGGAACAAAGGCCAAAGAAAAGGAAAAGAACAUCAUGAUGACAAUGAGACACUUAACAGUGAAAGUAUAAGAAAUAGAGAGGUAGAAAUCUUCGAUAUGGAGUAUGGGCAUGGUCCAGAUAAAUCUACAUUAAGAACAUCAGAGACAAAUGAUGGAACUACCAAAAAAGAGAGGGAAAAAUGUGUGGAGAAUAAAGCUGGCCCUGUUGAGGGGAUUGACUCUGCUCACAUGUCGUCAUCAUGUAGUUCAGAUUUUCAGGCAUCCACUGCAGUAGGUAUCAGUGACAUAUUGGAUGAACAAACCCUCACAGAAUUUUGUGCAGAGACUCUGGAAAAUGCUGGAGAUGUUGAAGAAGUGCCAGUAGUAGAAGGCACAGAACCACAAAUAGAAACUCAAACACAGAACAUAACUUUUGACUCAACAACCAAUGAAGAAGAAAGAACAGAAGAGAACAUCCAUGAUGUUAGUGUUCUUGUCAAACCAAUUGAAGUCAUUGGAGAUAUUAUUACAGUGAAGAGCAAUGUGACUACUGACUCAGAUUUUCUUCAAAAUGAUACUCCCUUUGAUAGAAACCAGGAAGCACUGAAAGUAUCUGAAAAUGAAAAUGUUGAGAAUGUUUUUACUGUGACUGAUUCUGGUCUUCUCUUGAGAGAUGUUGACACUGUAGGUUCAAGAGAAGCAGACAUAGUUCCUGAAAAAACUGAAAUCAGCAUCAAUCCUGAAGAUUCUCACAGACAGGAGCUACACUCAAAACUGAAUCCAGUUGCUCACAAGCGAAAAGUGGGGUCAACUCGUAGACCUCUUGGAGGGAAAAAAGGCCAAGGAAAAGGAAAAGAACUUCAUGAGGGCAAUGUGACACUUUACAGUGAAAGAAAUAAAGAGGUAGAAACCUUCGAUAUGGAGGAUGAGCCCCGUCCAGAUAAAUCUACAUUAAGAACAUCAGAAACAAAAGAUGGAACUACAGAAAAGGAGAGGGAAAUAUGUGUGGAUAAUAAUGCUGGCUCUGUUGAGGGGGUUGACUCUGCUCACAUGCCGUCAUCAUUUAGUUCUGAUUUUCAGGAAUCCACUGCAGAAGGUAUCAGUGACAUGUUGGAUGAACAAACCUUCACAGAAUUUUGUGCAGAGACCAUGGAAAAUGCUGGAGAUGUUGAAGAAGUGCCAGUAGGGGAAGACACAGAACCACACUUAGAAAUUCAAUCACAGAACAUAACUGGUGAAUCAUCAACCAAUGAAAGAGAAAGAACAGAAGAGAACAUUCAUGAUGUUAGUGUUCUUGUCAAACCAAUUGAAGUUAUUGGAGAUACAAUUACAGUGAAGAGCAAUGUGACUACUCAAUCAGAUUUUCUUCAAAAUGAUACCCCUACUGAUAUAAACCAAGAAGCAUUGAAAGUAUCUGAAAAUGUUGAGAAUGUUUCCACCGUGACUGAUUCUGGUCUUUCCUUGAGAGAUGUUGACACUGUAGGUUCAAGAGAAGCAGACACAGUUCCUGAGAAAACUGAAAUCAACAUCAAUCCUGAAGAUUCUCACAGACUGGAGCUACACUCAAUAUUGAAUCCAGUUGCUCACAAGCGAAAAAUGGGGUCAACUCGUAGACCUCUUGGAGGGAACAAAGACCAAAGAAAAGGAAAAGAACAUCAUGAUGACAAUGAGACACUUAACAGUGAAAGUAUAAGAAAUAGAGAGGUAGAAAUCUUCGAUAUGGAGGAUGUGCAUGGUCCAGAUAAAUCUACAUUAAGAACAUCAGAGACAAAAGAUGGAACUACAGAAAAGGAGAGGGAAAUAUGUGUGGAGAAUAAUGCUGGCCCUGUUGAGGGGGUUGACUCUGCUCACAUGUCGUCAUCAUUUAGUUCCGAUUUUCAGGAAUCCACUGCAGAAGGUAUCAGUGACAUAUUGGAUGAACAAACCUUCACAGAAUUUUAUGCAGAGUCCCUGGAAAAUGCUGGAGAUGUUGAAGAAAUGCCAGUAGGGGAAGACACAGAACCACACUUAGAAAUUCAAUCACAGAACAUAACUGUUGAAUCAUCAACCAAUGAAGGAGAAAGAACAGAAGAGAACAUUCAUGAUGUUAGUGUUCUUGUCAAAGCAAUUGAAGUCAUUGGAGAUAUUAUUACAGUGAAGAGCAAUGUGACUACUCAAUCAGAUUUUCUUCAAAAUGAUACACCUACUGAUAUAAACCAAGAAGCAUUGAAAGUAUCUGAAAAUGUUGAGAAUGUUUCCACCGUGACUGAUUCUGGUCUUUCCUUGAGAGAUGUUGACACUGUAGAUUCAAGAGAAGCUGACACAUUUCCUGAGAAAACUGAAAUCAACAUCAAUCCUGAAGAUUCUCACAGACUGGAGCUACACUCAGUAUUGAAUCCAGUUGCUCACAAGCUAAAAAUGGGGUCAACUCGUAGACCUCUUGGAGGGAACAAAGGCCAAAGAAAAGGAAAAGAAUAUCAUGAUGACAAUGAGACACUUAACAGUGAAAGUAUAAGAAAUAGAGAGGUAGAAAUCUUCGAUAUGGAGGAUGAGCAUGGUCCAGAUAAAUCUACAUUAAGAACAUCAGAGACAAAAGAUGGAACUACCAAAAAAGAGAGGGAAAAAUGUGUGGAGAAUAAAGCUGGCCCUGUUGAGGGGAUUGACUCUGCUCACAUGUCGUCAUCAUGUAGUUCAGAUUUUCAGGCAUCCACUGCAGUAGGUAUCAGUGACAUAUUGGAAGAACAAACCCUCACAGAAUUUUGUGCAGAGACUCUGGAAAUUGCUGGAGAUGUUGAAGAAGUGCCAGUAGUGGAAGGCACAGAACCACAAAUAGAAACUCAAACACAGACCAUAACUUUUGACUCAACAACCAAUGAAGGAGAAAGAACAGAAGAGAACAUUCAUGAUGUUAGUGUUCUUGUCAAAGCAAUUGAAGUUAUUGGAGAUACAAUUACAGUGAAGAGCAAUGUGACUACUGACUCAGAUUUUCUUCAAAAUGAUACUCCAAUUGAUAGAAACCAGGAAGCACUGAAAGUAUCUAAAAAUGAAAAUGUUGAGAAUGUUUCUACUGUGACUGAUUCUGGUCUUCUCUUGAGAGAUGUUGACACUGUAGGUUCAAGAGAAGCAGUCACAGUUCCUGAGAAAACUGAAAUCAGCAUCAUUCCUGAAGAUUCUCACAGACAGGAGGUACACUCAAAAUUGAUUCCGACGGUUCACAAGCGUAAAAUGGGGUCAACUCGUAGACCUCUUGGAGGGAACAAAGGCCAAAGAAAAGGAAAAGAACAUCAUGAUGACAAAGAGACAUUUAUCAGUGAAAGUAUUUUCAAUAAAGAUAAAGAAGUGUUCAGUUUGGAGGAUGAGCACAGUCCUGAUAAAUCUACAUUUAGGAGCUCAGAAACAGAAUAUGGAGAUAUAGAACUGGAGAAGGAAAUGGGUGUGAAGAAUGAUUCUGGUGCUGUUAAAGGAUUUGACUCUGCUCACAUGCCGUCAUCAUUUAGUUCUGAUUUUCAGGAAUCCACUGCAGAAGGUAUCAGUGACAUGUUGGAUGAACAAACCCUCACAGAAUUUCAGGCAGAGUCUCAGGAUAAUGCUGGAGAUGUUGAAGGAGUGCCAGUGGGGUGUCAAAAAAGUUAUUAG